AUGAGCAUCCGUACGACACGCGCACUUCACAACCUGGGCGCAACAGAGGCACUCCCGGGUCUCUCAGAGCUCACAGGCAAUGUCGAAUCUAUCGCGAAUGAAGCUAAUCGUGUCUCUGUACAAAAGGUCAAGUGCAAGCAUCUCGCCAACAGAUGCAGAGAAUUGCUCGUCACGUUUCAAUCCCAGCGAUUCUCAGCCGGCACAGAUCUUCAGGCUGCGGCAGACGAAGCCGAAAUGCUGUUGGAGAGAAUCUUGAAAAAGUUUGUCGAAUGGAGAGAUCUGAGUAAGCUCCAACGGUAUUUACGACGAGACGAGAUUGGUCAGGGGAUUGACCAAUUGAACCAAGACAUGAAUGUGAUCACGCAACGGUUCAUGAUUCAAGCUGCCGCAUUGACUUAUAUGAGCGUUGCGGAAACCCAAGCGUUGAUGCGACAAGAGAGAGAAGAGACAAAGAACAUGCUGCUCGAUGUCAUCAAGAGCCAAAUGCCAGACGUGAAGCAAAUGGCAUACGCAGGCGACGUUCGUAGCGUCGAGAGCAUCUUGUCUGGAUUACAAAAGGCAUUGCAGGAUGAAUCUAGCCAUCUGAGUAGCGAAGAAGCGCAAACACUCGGCACCGGACUUGUCACACUAGUGCAUGAAACCAACGUCCUACCGCCUAUCAAGGACCUACGGAAUGAAGUUGUGCUCACCUCGACUCAACCGGUGACAGGAGGGGUCUACAGCGACAUUUUCAUGGGAAAAUGGCACGGAGAAAAGGUUGCGGUAAAAGGUCUACGACAUAUACAAGCUACACCACCAGCAGUGAAGGCCUUUGAGCGUGAAAUUAACAUAUGGUCCCGCGUGCGGCAUGAUAACAUCCUUGCUCUUUACGGCCUAACCUCGCUCCCUGGCCGGUCCACCGGUAAACUUUAUAUGGUGUCUCCAUGGCAAGAUCGUGGUGAUAUUCUCGCUUAUUGCCGAGCUAAUCCACAUGCCGAUCGCCUCGCUUUGCUAGAAGGUGCUGCGUCUGCCUUUGCUUAUCUUCAUAGCCAAAAUAUAGUGCACGGGAAUGUGCGCUGUGCGAACAUACUCGUUUCCCCAGAGGAGAAACCGCUGGUCUGUCACUUUGGACUAUCGAAAAUGGUCGAAGAUGUGACGGAGACAGCGGCUCAGACGACGCUCUCAACUGAGCCAAACUAUUCGCGAUAUCUCGCGCCAGAACUUAUCCGGGGUGAUAUCACCAGUCCUCGAAAGAGUACCGAUGUCUAUUCAUUGGCCAUGACGAUCCUGGAAUGUCUCACCCUAGAAAGGCCGUUUGCAAACCGGAAACGGGACGCAUUGGUGAUACGGGACGUUAUAGUGCUCAAUCUGCGACCCAGCCGCCCAACAAACGAGAGUGGCACUCGGUGGAUAUCGGAUGGAGUCUGGAAAUUAUUGACUGAGAUGUGGGCAGAGAACCCACUGGAUAGACCGAGUAUGCAGCACGUACACGCCACUUUGCUAGAUCUGCGGCACAGCGGGAACGAAUGA